GGAAGUGAGUUUGUGCGCACUAGUGUGUACGUGUGUGCAGGGGGCGGGCGCGGGCGGGGGGCGGUCCGGGCUCCUCCUCCCCAGCCGUCUCCUCUGGCUCGCUCUCCAACUCCGGGCCCAGCCGCGGGCGGGCGCAGGGCGGGCAGACAGCAUGCUGAGCCUCCUCAUCUGGAUCCUCACUCUCUCCGAUACUUUCUCUCAAGAUUCCUUCCUGGAGCCUGCAUGUGGAUGCUGUGCAUGGAGCCCACAUGGUCAUGGGCCAUGCGGCUGCUAGGGCCACAAGAGCAUGCAAAAGCACCAGCCAGUGCAUCACUAGAUGGACGAGAGCCUCCCUCCUGGAGGCCAUGGGCCACGUGGCUGCUAAGGCAACGUGGCCGAUGGAGAGAACAGGCGAGUUCACUAUGGACCCAGACUCGCUUCAGCCAGGAGCCAGCCGACCAGACUGUGGUGGCCGGACAGAGGGCCGUGCUUCCCUGCGUACUGCUCAACUACUCAGGAAUUGUGCAGUGGACCAAGGAUGGGCUGGCACUGGGCAUGGGCCAAGGACUCAAAGCAUGGCCGCGGUACCGGGUCGUGGGCUCUGCAGACACCGGGCAGUACAACCUGGAGAUCACUGAUGCCGAGCUCUCUGAUGAUGCCUCUUAUGAAUGUCAGGCCACCGAGGCUGCUCUGCGCUCCCGGCGGGCGAAACUCACCGUGCUCAUCCCUCCAGAGGACACUAGGAUUGAUGGAGGUCCUGUACUUCUGCUGCAAGCAGGCACCCCCCACAACCUCACAUGCCGAGCCUUUAAUGCCAAGCCUGCUGCUACCAUCAUCUGGUUCCGGGAUGGGACUCAGCAGGAGGGUGCUGUGGCCAGCACGGAACUGCUGAAGGAUGGGAAGAGGGAGACCACUAUCAGCCAGCUGCUCAUUAACCCCACAGACCUGGACAUUGGGCGAGUCUUCACCUGCCGCAGCGUGAACGAGGCCAACCCGAGUGGCAAGGAGACUUCCAUUGAGCUUGAUGUGCACCACCCUCCUACAGUGACCCUGUCCAUUGAGCCACAGACUGUGCAAGAGGGAGAGCAUGUUGUCUUUACAUGCCAGGCCACAGCGAAUCCUGAAAUCCUGGGCUACAGAUGGGCCAAGGGGGGCUUUUUGAUUGAAGAUGCCCAUGAGAGUCGCUAUGAGACAAAUGUUGAUUAUUCCUUCUUCACGGAGCCUGUGUCCUGUGAGGUUUACAACAAAGUGGGCAACACCAAUGUCAGCACUUUAGUAAAUGUUCACUUUGCCCCUCGGAUUGUAGUUGACCCUAAACCUACGACUACAGACAUUGGCUCUGAUGUGACUCUCACAUGUGUCUGGGUUGGGAAUCCCCCCCUCACCCUCACCUGGACCAAAAAGGACUCAAACAUGGGGCCCAGGCCUCCUGGCUCCCCACCCGAGGCUGCUCUUUCUGCCCAGGUACUGAGUAACAGCAACCAGCUGCUGUUGAAGUCAGUGACCCAGGCAGAUGCUGGCACCUACACCUGCCGGGCCAUUGUACCUCGCAUAGGAGUGGCUGAGAGGGAGGUGCCACUUUAUGUGAAUGGUCCCCCCAUUAUCUCCAGCGAGGCAGUGCAGUAUGCUGUUAGGGGUGACGGUGGCAAGGUAGAAUGUUUCAUCGGGAGCACACCGCCCCCAGACCGCAUUGCAUGGGCAUGGAAGGAGAACUUUCUGGAGGUGGGGACCCUGGAACGCUAUACAGUGGAAAGGACCAACUCAGGCAGUGGGGUGCUGUCCACACUAACCAUCAACAACGUCAUGGAGGCUGACUUUCAGACCCACUAUAAUUGCACUGCUUGGAACAGCUUUGGGCCAGGCACGGCCAUCAUCCAGCUGGAAGAGAGAGAGGUGUUACCUGUGGGCAUCAUCGCUGGGGCCACCAUCGGUGCGGGCAUCCUGCUCACCUUCUUCUUUAUUACCUUGGUGUUCUUCCUCUACCGGCGCCGCAAAGGCAGUCGCAAGGAUGUGACCCUAAGGAAACUGGACAUCAAGGUGGAAACAGUGAACCGUGAGCCACUCACAAUGCACUCUGACCGGGAGGACGAUACUGCCAGCGUCUCCACAGCGACUCGAGUCAUGAAAGCCAUCUACUCAUCCUUCAAGGAUGAUGUGGACCUGAAGCAGGACCUGCGCUGUGAUACCAUUGACACCCGGGAGGAGUAUGAGAUGAAGGACCCCACCAAUGGCUACUACAACGUGCGUGCCCACGAAGACCGACCCUCUUCCAGGGCAGUACUCUAUGCUGACUACCGUGCCCCCGGCCCUGCCCGCUUCGAAGGCCGCCCCUCUUCCCGUCUCUCUCACUCCAGCGGCUAUGCCCAGCUCAACACCUACAACCGGGCCCCAGCCUCCGAUUAUGGCCCAGAGCCCACAGCCCCUGGCCCAGCUACUCCAGCUGGCACCGACACAACCAGCCAGCUGUCGUACGAGAACUAUGAGAAGUUCAGCUCCCAUCCCUUCCCUGGGGCAGCAGGGUACCCCACCUAUCGAUUGGGUUACCCCCAAGUCCCACCUUCUGCCCUGGAGCGGACCCCAUUUGAGGCAUAUGACCCUAUUGGCAAGUAUACCACAGCCACUCGAUUCUCCUACACAUCUCAGCACUCGGACUAUGGCCAGCGCUUCCAGCAGCGCAUGCAGACUCAUGUGUAGGGGCCAGAACCUAGCUGGGGCAUCUCUGCGGGGCAGAGGAGAAGCUGUUCCCUGAUAUUCAGGGGCGUGCGUUGCUCAUUGCUCCUGUCCCCAACCAACCUUCCUCCUGCUGCCAUGGAAGGGGGAAAACAGGUCUCCCAGAAACACCCCAUCCAAGGAUGGUGCUGUAUGCAUGCCUCAGCCUUCUGGGCCCGCCCUUCCUUCUUCUUCAAGAGGAUGUGUGUGUUCUGACCUGCACUCACACCUGGGGGUGGGGAAAGCAAAGGUUAUGGACAGCAGAGAGGGCACUUUUAGCAUUCCCUUUCUAUCCUAACCCUGUGGUCUCCCAUAAGUGGAUGGGGGAUUCAUGUGGGAAUGGAUAGGCUUGGGCCUAGGAGACAGGACGUGUAGGGCUGAGUGGCUAUGGCACAUAUAGAUGGAAACAGGAUGGCCUGGCAAGUCCCUCUGUUAUCUACACUUACAGCCUGGUGCAUCUCUCCUUCCUCAGGACUGCAGAAGAGACUUUAUUCUAUCUUUGUCUGUAGAACAGCCUGGCACUGAGUUCAAAUCCAGCCUUUAUUAAGCUGAGAUUAAAAUGCCAGUCAUCCUGGCUGCCCAUUAUGAACACUUGUCAGUCAGUCUGCAGAGGGAUCCAGAUGUCUCCAUUAUCACUACUGCCUUUCCUUCUCCUUUGUGCGGGGCUAGCCAGAUAAGUCAGGAGGUUGUGGCAGAAGAAGGAAAGCUAGGAAUCAUUUUCCGUUUCACCAGCAAGACAGCUAUGUGUUACCUAGCACUUUUCAGAACCCAUACUAGGGGAGCCUACCCAAACCCCAUUCUCUCCCCAGUCUGCCUCACUUAACUUAUUUGAACUCUGGAGCUUCCCUGAGGAGUUGUAGGGGUACUAUAGGCUAUUUAUCAAAUAAUAAAAUGAAAACCUCCUUUGGAAAAAAAAUAAUAAAGCAGUGGGGAUUCCCCCACCCAAAUAUAAUUUCCAAUGAAAAGGAAAGGAGGCACACAUGUUCUUCACCAGAUUUCUAACACCUUCCAUUACUUUUUCAAUUGCUAAACACUUUGAAUCCAUUUUUAAACAUUCAGGUGGUAAGAUCUUCUUGCAGUUGGGUUCUGACAGGCUUAGGGUGGGGACCUGGUUCUCAGACACCCUGUACUACCCCCAGAGGCCACCUUCCAGGGGGCAUGGGAAAGGUGCUCUUUACAUGGAUUUUACUUAAGUCCUUUUCUCCUCUUUUAUCAAUCAUAUUCCCCCUUUUUGCAGUGCCUUGAGCCUUGUUGAUAAGCCCUGUGUGGAAGACUUUGCUGGGAGUGGGUAUUACGAGUCCCAAACACUCUGACAAGUGUUGCAGAGUUUAGGGAACAGACUGAUGAGAGGGCCUGGUAAAUGGAAGUGCAGACUGACUGCGUAAGGUGGUGCAGAGGGCACUCCAGACAGCCAUGGCCCAUGCUGACACCAUCUGCACAUGUAGGCACACAUGCACACACACAUUCUCAUGGCCUUUCUCAUCCACCACCUGAUAACCAAAAAGAACCAGUGCUACAAAGAGAAUCCAUACCUGGCCUCCCCUUCCCCAGAAGCAGGGUUUAGAGUGCAGUCCUGAUUCACUCAGUCCUGACAACACAGGUGAGGUGUUCUGUGUCAUGCCCAGAAUAUGCAUUGCCCAUGAGAUAUGCAUCUCAUGGUCACCUUUCAUUAGUUAUAUUCACUAUAGUGAGUUAAACACUCAUCAGCCAAAGGCCAUCACCACCUUUUCAAGUGGGUUUGUGGGGUGACAUUCUUUGUCACUCCUCAGCUGGUAAGAAUCAGCUAAUGCCCAGGAAUAAAGUAGCUCCAUUUCUGGCUUCACAGCUGCCUAAAGGGACUAGAGCCCCAUGGACCUACCCUUUCUGAAACAUGAUCCAGGCUCCUACCCAUAUCCACCUCUAGAAGUUGACACUUCCCUGUGCAAUCCUUUUAUGUAAGCUCAGUGAGACAGCUUGUUAAGGAUGCAGAUUCCUCUGGGGACAUAUUCAUGUGUAUUUUGAUUAUUUUCGCAGGAGCUAGAAGCCAUGUGUAACCCAGAUAAAAUCUAAACAGAAAUAUUUCCAAACUCAUUUUUGUUCAGGGUUUGGUCAGAGUCUCUUAUUGCCCCCAUUUUGGUUAAGUGUUGGGCCUAUUCUGUUGAAACAAUGGAGAGGAGGGGGCCCAAGGUUACUAGGUAACUCAGCUGGCAUUGUGGGAACCAUUAGUUUUCUGAGCCACAAUACAGAGCUAUUGCACUGUUCUCUGUUUCUUAACACCUUAAUUGGGGCCUUCUGGGUAUCAAGCAAGUGUUGCCAUGCAAGGCACAGGGACACAUCAGCCACCAAGGUCAUCUCUGUUCACUGCAACUGGCACUCUGGCCCAAUCAGAAUCUGCAUUGGGACCUGCCUGUUAGUCCAAGUGAAAUAAGUUUUUCUGGGGAGUGGAAGGUGCUCUUGAAUAUAGACCUUUGUUGUCUAAAGCUGUAGUCUUCCAGUAUGGUGCCUCAGUACUUGAUGUGGUCACCUUGGUUGUCCUGACCACCUUUGACUAUUUUGUUUCAGUCAAGGGGUUAGCAGUCAGGAAACCUGGGACCUCAUUCUGAAGCUGUCAUUUACUGAGUGACCCUGGCCUAAUCUCUUCAUUUCCUUUUAUUUUCUGGCCUGUAAAAUGAGGGAUAAGGGUUGCACAAAUCUAGAAUUGUUGUGCUCAUUCUCUAUUCAUUUGGUGAAAUGGAACAUCCUGGCCCUCCCUGGCAAGGAGUUGAGAACAGUAAGCUUAGGGAUGGAGGAGUUGAAAUGUUCCUUUGAAAGAAGCUUUCACCUCUGGUUUCAUUAUCUUGUCAGAAGUAUUGUGAAAGAAUGUCCACUUCUUGUUGACCCUAAACAACAACAAAAAGCAUACCUUAAACCUCAGCAAAAUUAAUGUGGGGUUAUCCUUUGACCAUUGAGUAACUGUACUCCUCCCCACUCAGAAUUCUAAUAGUUUUGCAAGGGUGUCAUGGCCAAGGCAGGGCAGGGUGACUCCUUCACUGUGUAUCCAACUUCCAUGGUGACAAAUGGGAAUAGCCACCUGCCACCUUGGUCCUCAGGAUCAUUUUCCUGGCUAGGGACCACUUACUAGGACAAGACUGCAAGGUAAGGUGUUUUAAGCCAGAAGGCAAGGCAUGACUACAGCUGAUCCCUCUGUGAAGGAGCAUGUAGGAAGAAUAGAUGGGUUCAGCAGUCAUAACAUAAACUAUAGCUCCUAAAGAGGUUCUGUGAUUCUGGGUGAGCCAUUGUUUCUUUGUGGAGGGCCUAGCCUGCAUCCUAAAUCCUGAAUCCCUCAAAGCCCACCACAGAGUUUGAAUUAAGCAAAAACCUCAAGUCAGGAAGGAAAGUGACCAGGGAUGGGAUCAGUGCUAUUUCCUUACAAAUGUCUUGCUUGGGAUGAAAAUGGUUAGUUUGACCACCCUAUCCUAGGUACUGUGUCUUCUUUUCCCAGCAGUAGCUACUUCCCUCAUCACUUUGAGGGCAGCAUUUCUGCUUUACAGGAUGGAGCACACUGGCCAGGAAUCUCUUUGCCCUUGUGCCCUGUCACUAACCAGUUGGCACUCUAUCAGGAGCCACAAGUCCUGGGCUCCUUAAAAUGGAAUGAAGUGGUCUGUCAAUAUAGGGUUUAAAGAAAAUUAGGUUAAAAGCCAAGACACCAGUUGGACUAAACUGCCUCAGUCACUGCCUCUUUUUGCUGUGUGGACAAUAUGUCCCCACUGCUGUACUACCAAGGCCACCCCAGCCUCAGAAACCCUGGCUUCUCUAACAUUUUAGUGCUGCAUGUUGAGGGAAUCAACUGAAAGGCAUUAGAGAAGAUCCUGACCUUGGUGGGACCACUGAGGAAGUGAUAAUGGAAUACUCAUGUGCACAGACCCAGGGAUAUAAUUGGAGUCUAUACAAUUAUCAUUUAAACAUCCCAUUCCCUUCUCUGCACCCUCCCCGCCAUUACCUCUCCUUUCCUGGAGGUCAGCUUCUUUCUUAAAGGCCUCACCUUUAUCAGCUUGAUUCUGACAUUCCACCUCUAGGCUGGUGGAGAGGACAGAAAGAUGUGUGGAUUGGGAUAUGGAAGGAAGGGCAGAAUCCCAUUUCCUUGCAUCACUGUGAGAGGGAGCUCCAGGUCCUGUUCCUGGAGAAAUAUUUGCUGUGUAUACUGGGGGUUUCUUGUACAAGCCUGCCCUUUCAAAAAAAAAAAAACUAUUUGCAUAUAACUAUCAUUCUUACCAUUCUCCUGCUCCUUGCUCCUGGCUUUUUGAUGGCCCAAACCAGUUGCCUUGUCAAGUGUUAGUGGGUCAUGGGCUCUUCUGUUAACUUCUGGAGAUCUUUAGAUGCUGCCUUUGUGAAUAUCCCUAACCCUGGGGAUAGAGCAGCCAAGGUACCAAUACAAUCAAACUCUCACUAUUGUUAGCAAUAGUGACUCAGAAGAUUUGACCUCUUCCACUUUCACCAGAAGGAGACCAAGUGCUCCCCAUGGUCACAUUUUCUACUCCAACUACUCUUGGAAUGAUAACCUCCAUUUCUGGCUGCAAUUGAAUUUUCUCUACCCAAAUCCCAAUAAUAAAUGGAUCCAUGAUCAUAAUUAGGAGAGGAGAGAAAUAUUUUUGUUAGGACAGACCAUCAUAGUUUUUAGCAAUGUGUAUAUGUGUGUCAUUCACAACUUUUGCUAUUCUGCCUUUUUUCAUUUUUCUUUUUUAAAUAUUAUGUAUUAUAUUUUUAGUCUCAAACACUAUAUAUUAUAUAUAUUUAAUUUUUAUAUAUAUAAAUAUAAAUGUUCUAAAAAACACCAUGUUUUCUGUUAUUAAUGCAGGAACAGCUCUAGUUACUUAAAAGCUUGCCUGAUUUGGGGUGAAAUGGUCUAAAUUUGGGAAAAAAGAUAGGAUAUUUUUGGAUUAAGAUUGCAAACACUGUAUUUGUGUCACCUCCAGGCCAAGGGGCAAGCACAUUUUAUUCACCAGUUUGUGACUGUUGCAGAACUCUGACCAUGGACAAACAGCUCAAGCUUCCGUUCUUUUGUAACACAGCAUCCAAAUGUUCUAUGCCACAUCUGAUAAUGGGCAUUGGAAGGGAUGAGGCUGAAUCUGAGAUCCAGAUUCCCAAGGAUUUGGGAGUAGGGGUGGGAGCAAGAUGGGGUUAAUUUAUUAAAAUGCAAUGGUUUGGGGGAAAAGCAAAGUCACCAGGUCUCAACCUUUGAACUUGUAGUGAAACAAAAUGAAACAAACAAAAAAAAAUGGUGUACACACAGAGACUAUUCUGCUAAGAAAUUCUAAAUUCUAUUUUGGUAGAGAUUGGAUGGAUUUCUCUUUGUUCAUUUCACAAGAGUGUUUGAGGAUAAUUGAAAAAAUAUUUUCAGAUAAUGUUUUUCAAUGUCAUAAAUCAAUAGAGACAUACAAAUGUUUAUAACUAUUCAUUGUUUUUCUCAUCUAAUUAACAGCCAACUAAACUAAAAGAUGUUGACAGUAGCCUAUUUGUACACAGAUCAUAGGACACCAUCAAGACAGUAGCUUUUUUGUAUACAUAGGACACAGGACAUAGGACAGAGUUGUUAGAGUUGAAAAAAUUAAAGGUAAUGCAACCCAUUUCCAAGAAGGUUGGGAGUUGUAUCCCAGAGUUACUACUGAGGAAGAGACAGGGAGCAGUAGGGGCUGCAAUUUGGAGGCAUAUUUCCAGGAUAAGAACUUGUGGGUAGCCUAAGGCAAGUCCAACCUGGUUGGGCAAGAGGCCCAGGUGCAGGGUCAAUCUAGAGGCUGUUGCCAGGUAAGUUGAACUAGCUCAGGUAAAACAUGGCAUGAUAGUUGAGACCCAAAAGCAAAUAGAAUAGGGUAGGGGGAAAAAAGAGGAGAAUUAGCAAGUUUGUGCAAACAUGGUGACCCUGGAAUAUCCUGUUAAGCCAUGCAUUGUUAGAUAGGAUGCUUCCUGUGCUGUGUCCACUUGGGAUGCAUUUUAUUCCUCACUGCAUCCCCAGAGCUCAGCACAGCACCAGCAAGCACUAUAGGACAAGUCUGUGAGCUUUAUAGGGCACCGCGCAAAGCUCCAAGGAACCAAACCCACUCUCUUCUCUAGGCAUAAAACAGACCAUAGGAGCUUGUACCCUUUAUUAGGUCUCUUCUGCCAGGGGUUUGAGCCCCUCCCUUCUGUCACCCUAGACUGAACAUAACGACACCAACAGGCCCUUUAUCACUAAGCCACUCCUUUGUCAGUCUGCCUCACAAUAGGAGCUCU